AAUUACAUUGCAGUACCUACGAUGUGCUCCUAUUUUUUUAACUAAAUACGUGGCACCUUAGUUCCUUCACUUUGCAGCUGAUUUGCUGCUUAUUUUAUUCCGUGUUCCAUCAAAAAUACAAGUGUGAUUAUAUUUCAGAAUUUCUUCAUAAUUUUAAAUGUAUAUUGAUAAUAAUGACUGAAUUUCUUGUGUGUGUUUUUGCGGGAUUUUAAAAUCCUUUCAAUCGGGGGCUUAACUUCCGGUUCCGCCUCCUCUGAUCCAUCUGAAGGCUGGCUGUGUUUUCACUACGAGGCAAUAAAAAAAAAAAAAAUGAGCACAUUGAUACCUAAACAAGAUCACCCAGCGACUGGUUCACUGUGUUUAUUGUGACCUGCCUGCUGCACACCCAGCAGCCCUCCGUCACUGUUCAGCCCACCAUGAGUGCGCUGCUGCUGCUGCGUGUGUUUGCAUUCAUCGCGUUGAGCUCCCAAAGUGCGCAGAUGAUCCUCUCCCGGUAGCUAACGCUAGCCCUGCACAGCUGCUCUCUGGGUCCGCUCGCUGGCUCGAUCAUCGCGGGACAGGCACUUGUCAAGCUGUAAGACACACCACAAUGAAUCUGUUCCGCCUCGUCUGCCGCCACAAGACAGCGCUGGUCAUCGGGACCAUUUGCAGCUUCGCUGUCGUCCUUGUCUUCUUGGCCAAGUGCACCACUGAAACUCUCAAACAGGGUCACCAGGAUCCUCCAGGCCGAGCCCCCCGAGCCAGUGACCAGCAGUCCCGCCCCGAGCAGCACAACCCAGCCUCCACGUCCAAAGACCUGUCGGCGUUUCUCGUCAUCCUCAUCACAACGGGCCCUAAAUACACAGAGCGCAGGAGCAUCAUCCGGAGCACCUGGCUCGCCAAGCGGGACUCGGAUGUUCUGGCCAUGUUUGUGGUGGGAACUCAAGGCCUCCCCAGCGAAGACCUGCAGAAUCUGAACACGGAGCAGGGCCGACACAAAGACCUGCUGCUGCUGCCCGAUCUGCGAGAUUCGUACGAGAACCUCACUCUCAAGCUGCUGCACAUGUACUCCUGGCUGGACCAGAACGUCGACUUCAAGUUUGUCCUCAAAGCCGACGACGACACGUUCGCUCGCCUGGACCUCCUGAAAGACGAGCUGAAGGGGAAAGAGCCCAGCCGGCUGUACUGGGGCUUCUUCUCGGGGAGGGGCCGGGUGAAAACGGCCGGGAAGUGGCGUGAAAGCUCCUGGGAGCUGUGCGACUACUACCUGCCCUACGCGCUGGGCGGCGGCUACAUCCUCUCAGCCGACCUGGUGCGGUACGUCCGCCUCAACGCGGAGUACUUCAAGACCUGGCAGAGCGAGGACGUGUCUCUGGGCGCCUGGCUGGCGCCCGUCGACGUCCACCGGACGCACGACCCGCGCUUCGACACGGAGUACAAAUCGCGUGGCUGCAACAAUAAGUACUUGGUGACGCACAAGCAGAGCUUGGAGGACAUGUUGGAAAAGCACCAGACUCUGCAGCGGGAUGGCCGGCUCUGCAAGGAGGAGGUCAAGCUGCGGCUUUCCUAUAUCUAUGACUGGAGCGUGCCGCCCUCUCAGUGCUGUCAAAGAAAGGAUGGAAUCCCGUGAUAUUGGGACUUUUUUUUUUUUUUACGAGGCUUAUCUUUGCUUUCAUAUUAUAUAGUCACAUUAUCCAUGUCAGGGGUGUCAUGAUGGGUUUUCUACCAAAUCCAUCGUGAGACCACUUGAAGAUCUCUUCCCCGGUACUUGAUGCAGUAAAAACUGUAAUGUUUUCAGAACGUCUGAAAAAUGAAAAAGUGCCAUUUCAGUGAUUUUAGUCCGGUUUAAUCCAGUUCAGCUCCAAGUUUACAACUUUACUGUGACCUAAAUUUUUUUGUCGACAAAUACAAGCAGUUGCAAGAUAUCUAUGGAAGCAUUGAUAAUGUAUAUUAACUAAAGGUAAGCAGUGAAAUCCGAAGUUGCUUUUUAAAACUUUGCUUUAUUGAAAAAAAAAAUCUCACUUUCACACACAUUGAUUCAUGCUUUAUUGAAUUCUGCAGCUUUUAUCAUGGUGUCUCGUACCAGCUUUACAGCAUAAAGUGAGGUAACAACAGAAGAUUGGGCAGGAAAACAUCUCAAAUUCUGAUUUGAAAAACAACUUCUGUCCUAUUUUUGCGUUCCUUAGUGUCCUUUUCUUGCUUUGAUGUCUUACUCCUCUCCUCUGUCUGUACAUCGUUGGCUGUACGUUUUUCUUACAUCUUUUCCAGCACUGCGAGUGUUUUUGGAAGACUUCAGUAUUGUAGAAAACACAGAGACACACUGAUGCAAGGAUCUUACUGUACUACGUUACACUUCAUUCGUGUAUUUGUAUUUUAUUUAUUGUUAAUUUAUUUGGCGGGAAACACUACCCAGUGGUGUUGAGUUUGGACCAGACGCGUGGCGUGGCGUUUGUAAUCGUCUCGGAGGAAAACUGUGUCUCACAGGAGCACUGAAUUUUAAAACUAAAUUCAGAUUUUAAUGGGAUUUUUCUGUUUAUGAUGCACAAGGUUUUCAUGUGUUUGGUGAUGCAAAGAGUGUGUGUAAAUGACCAAAUGCAUUUGGCUCAGUGGGCCUGUGUAUUGGCAAUAACAGGCCUGACUUAAAGGUGAGCUGAUAAACAUUUGCAGCACUCCACACAUCAGGAAAUCUGACAAGGCUACCAGCUGGCACUUGAUCACUUUUUUUUUUUUUUUAAUAAGUUAAAAUCUUUAUUUUCCCUUUCAGUGUACUAAUUACUUUGCAUUUGAUUUCUUUGAUGUUCUCAGACUGUGAUAUCUGCAACAGUGGGAAACUUGAGCUUGAGCUCUGCUGAAAAGUCAUGAUAUGUUUGGGAUGUUAUCAGAUUCAGUGCAAUUUAACUUUACGUGGUUGUUUUUAUGUAAGUCAUCUGCCACCCUGGAUGUUUUGUUAAAGUUUUAAAUGGUCUCCUGUGUCUUAUUGUUCUUAUGUUAAUAGUUAGGAAUUUGGAAAAACAUCUUCAUGCACAGUUGAAUAGAUGCACAUUCAUUAUGAAGUUCAAGCCAUUGCUUCAAAACCAUUGUUAGUUUCACCGCCAGUUUUCUUUCAAACU